GUCCAAACGUCCAAACUCCAAUGGCCAAAGUCUCAAUGACCCUGGGCACUGGGCACAGAAAAAGACUUACCCGCACAGGUUCCACCUCGAUUUCGCUGGGGUCAAUCAAUCGUAAUCUCAGCCAUCAUACACCCAUCGCAGCAUGGGAAACCAUUGUUGGUCGAAUGAUCAAAAAGUCUUUUUUCUUUCAGAUCAGACCUGAGCAGACCUGUGCUAUUAGUCUGCUUCCAUUUAUCCAACCAGCUACUCUAUUAAUACUAGCUAGCUAGUAAGUUAGGCUAAGUUUAGCUAAGUCAAGCUGAGCUAAGCUAACCUAAGCUAACCUAAGUUGAGAUACCCUCAGAAGCCCAUUGAAGAAGCCCAUUUUGAAGAAAGAAGACAAGUGAAGAAGACAAGUGAAGAAGACAAGUGAAAGACAAGAAAGAAGACAAGAUGAUGGAAGGCUCUUCAAAUGGAGGUCUGGCUCUGUCAGAAGCGUUUGAGUAUGAUGGAUCUUCUUGUAUUGGAGAGAGUGAGGGAGGUUCUCAGAUAGAUGGACAUGGAGCAUCAGUAGACCACAGAGAAACUCUCCUCAAUGAGAGAAAGAUUGUGGAGAAAAUGGCUCAGAAGGAAUCGCAAAAGGUCAAAUUGUGGAGACGCAAUGUCCUUGUUGUCAUGGCGCUCACAGGGGCGUUGGUCACUGCCAUGACUUAUAUUUUCCUAGAUAGAGUGGAUGUGGAAGAUUUUGAAGCUUCAUUCCAACAAUUUGCACAGAGCAUUCGCGAUUCUACUGAAUUCAACCUCAGGGGACUCAUUGAAGCUACCAAUGGACUCGCACAAGUAUUCACCUCAGAAGCUAUCAAGACAAACAGUCACUGGCCUUUCAUGACACUAUCCAGUUUCGAAGUAUACGUCACAAACACGAGAGCUCAGGGAGCUUCCGAACUCAUUGUCAUUGCCCCGUUUGUAAACUCAACACAAAUUCCACAGUGGAACCAAUACGCUACCGCCAGUCAGGGAUGGAUCGAUGAAUCCUUCCAAGAAUACGACACGGGACGUAUCGAUCUCAAUCCGAUUCCUUCCUCCGUUUACCGAUUCGGACGAUUCAAGGGACGAACCGUGCUCAAACCAGAAGAUGGACUCGGGGGAUACCCAGCUGCUCCAUUCUGGCAAAUGUCAAGACCUCCUUUUGACACUUCCAUUGUCAACUUUAAUGCACUCUCUGAAGAAGCGUACCAACAAAUGUACGACGCAAUGACACAAACCAAUCACUGGGUCAUGGGAAUUGCUGGACCAAACACACUCAUCGAUUACACAAUCAGCGAACAACAACACGAUGAACUACACUCGGCCAGUGAACUCAACUCCAUCAACAAUACCGGAUUCGCUAAUGAUCAUCCACACACGGCACUCCUGUAUCCCGUCUACCGUGACAAAGACGCUUCACAUCCAUCCGGGUCAGACAUCAACUCGCCACAGGUGGCCAUGAUUCUCAAUGUUAUUCCAUGGGAUAACUACAUCAAACGAUUGCUCCCCCAUGGAGUCAAUGGCAUUUACUGUGUCUUGCACAACUCGGCGGGACAGCAUUUCACAUACAGCAUUAGCGGACCCGAUGCCGCAUAUCUGGGACCCGAAGACUUUCACGAACGAGACUUUGACGAAUACGAAGUACGAAUUACCUUUGACCAAUUCCUAGACUUGGCACCAUCCACCGUCAAUGAAAGCUACACGGGCGUAUUUGCGAACUAUGGAAACUUAGAGUACUGGUUCUCCAUCUAUCCCUCCAAAGAACUCAAAAGCGGAUACGAGACCAACACGCCCAUCAUUUUUGCAGCGGUUGUUGUGGCCGUCUUUGUUUUCAUGACCGUCACGUUCAUCUUGUAUGACCGAUACGUCACUCGCAAAAACAACAAAAUACUCGAUGCUGCAACGCAUUCCAAUGCCAUCUUGGCGUCUCUGUUCCCACAAAACGUCAAGGAACGGCUCUUGGAAGACAAGGCACAAGAAGUACAAGCAGAAGCAGCCAAGAAAAAGGAAGAAAAGAAGUUGCAAAAGAAGGGGUUCCGAGCGGAUAUGGAUCACUCCAUGGAGGAUUUUCUUAGCAGGGAAAAUCUUGGGGGUGAGGAUGCCAACGAUGAAAUCCUCAAAUCCAAGCCUAUCGCUGACGUGUUCGAAGAAGCGACGGUUCUCUUUGCUGACCUGGUUGGUUUUACGGCCUGGUCCAGCAGUCGUCAACCAACUGACGUAUUUGUGUUGCUGGAAACCCUCUACAGAAACUUUGACAUGAUUGCGAAACGAAGGCGCGUAUACAAGGUAGAAACGAUAGGAGACUGCUAUGUCGCCGUGACGGGAUGUCCGACUCCUCGAAAGGACCACCAUGUGGCAAUGUGCCGCUUCGCGACAGAGACUAUGCGAAAGAUGAAGAAGCUCUGCCGCAAACUUGAGAGCGUGCUCGGUCCUGAUACUUCCGAUCUCAACAUGCGGUUUGGACUGCACAGUGGCUCAGUGACGGGUGGGGUCCUUCGCGGCGAGCGCUCUAGGUUCCAACUUUUCGGUGACACAAUGAAUACAGCAGCUCGCAUGGAAUCCAAUGGCCAACCAGGGAAGGUUCACUUGUCGGAUAGUACAGCUGACCUACUCAUCAAAUCCGGCAAGCAACACUGGGUUGUAGAACGAGAAGACAAAAUUGUAGCCAAGGGCAAAGGGGAAAUGACCACAUAUUGGCUCCGAAAGACGACCAGUGGUCCUUCGUCGGUGGUGUCGUCAAUGGACUCGGACGACAUGACCGAAAAUGAUGACGAAAGUGAAGAACAGGAAGUUGUUGAAGUGGAAAUGGGCAAUGUCUCCAUUCAGCUCAACCCCAAGACGCAAAGAGUUGUCGACUGGACCGUGCAGAGCUUUAUGAACAUUCUCGAGCGGUUGGCGACUGCGAGAGAAACACACGGUCUCCAGCGCGACAUCAGGGAUAAGACAGCUGCCGCCUCAUCGUCAGCAACUCCCCUGGACGAGUUGCAAGACAUCGUUUCGUUCCAUCGAUACCCAGAUGCCCAAAAGGACACUGUUGCAGAUAUCGUUUUGGACCAGCACAUAGAAGACCAAGUUGAACUCUUUGUCGCGAUAAUCAGCAGGAAGUACGGCAAAAACAACAGUUUCCACAACUUUGAGCAUGCAGCUGCCAUGUUGCAAACGGUCCUAAAGCUCUUCUCUCGAAUGGGGAAUUCCAAGGGGUCCGACGACGCGCUUGACUUCUCCUCUGAUCCUCUGGCGGUCUUUGCCUGUGCUUUCACUGCACUGAUUCAUGACGUUGAUCACCCCGGCGUACCGAACUUCAGGCUCAAAACAGAAAACCCAGAGCUGGCUGCAAAAUUCAAGGACCGGAGCAUCGCGGAGCAGCACUCGUUUAAAGUUGCGUGGGAUCUACUGCAGGAGGAGAGAUUCAAUGACUUCCGUAAUACAAUCUGUCCAGAUUCAGCCGAGGAAGCUCGGUUCCGACAAUUGGUCAUUACAGCGAUUAUGGCAACGGACUUGUUCGACAAAGAUCUGAACGAUCAGCGCAUUCAACGCUGGACUAAGGCCUUCGAAUCGGGGGGCAGUGGCCAGGAAGAGGAAUCUCCCAAGCAGGCACUGGAUAGAAAAGCCACGAUAGUACUCGAAACUUUGAUCCAAGUUGCUGAUAUUUCUCACACAAUGACACACUGGGAAAUCUAUCGAAAGUGGAACAACAACCUCUUCGAGGAAAUGAACAAGGCAUUCUCUGAUGGCCGCUCGGAGGAUCCGUCCAGUUUCUGGUACCAGGGUGAACUAGACUUCUUUGACAGGCACGUGAUUCCGUUGGCGAAGCAAACCGCGGAGCUUGGCUGUUUCGGGAUCCUCGGUGGGGAAUUCUUGCAGAAGAGCAACCAGAAUCGUGAGGAAUGGGCUGAGAAAGGGAACCAAAUCGUCGCGCAGAUGAAGUCAUCGAAUGGAAAACGCGAGGGGGUGGCCACCACCGAUGACUUACCUGAGCAAUUGCCCCCGCCUCUGUCUCCGGCUCGAGCCAGGAUUCGGAGCAUUCGAAAAAGUCAAAAGGUAUCACAAUCAUCACUCACGGGGCGGAAUGGCUCCUUCGCGACUGAAAACCCGGAGUCUACAAAUGACAUGGGGAUGCCGUACGCACCCAUGUUGGACAAUGGCGCCGGUAGAGAGGAUCGCGAGGCACCCAAGGACGACCCACUUCCACUUUCGACUUCUGAGCAACUCCAAACCGGGGCGAAUGAGUUGUCUUCGUCAAGAAGGAGAAGUACUAGCGCGGCCAAGGCUCCAGCCUUGAAGGACGGGACGAGAAGGAGAAGUACCAACUCAGACUCCGCCAGCGCAAAUGACGAUCGUCACGUCGCGUUCCAACUCUCGCAUUCCAGCAGUGGGGACAGAUCCGACAAGACUGUCACUUCUUCCGAGGGUGCUGAAAUCUUCGUUGACGACAGUCCAACUUCUUCAGGCCAAACAAGCGGUGAAGUAUUCCACGAUGAAAUUGACGUAUAAGUACAUAUGCAAGUGGCUUUAGGGACGAUGUUUGUGCUGUGGGGGCGUGAUCAUUGUGAAGAUGGUCGAUAUUGAUACGGAAGACGACUAUGGGGACCGAUGUACGUUAGGUCGCGAUGGGGAUGCCCUGGGGUUUGGUUUUUGUGUACGGACCGAGACAGCAUCUGUAGGAUCACGGAGUCUGAGCUCUUGUGUCAAGAUAGCUAUAUAGUAUUAUUCAUGUUUGGC